ACACAUGCUGUUCAGAUCAGCUGUCACACUAGUUACAGCUCUCAGGAAGUGAAACUCAGACACUCGCUGCUACUGAGAGGGGAAAUGGCGCAGAAAGGAGUUCAGCUGGACCGGGAAAUCUUAUCUUGUCCCAUCUGUCUGGAUCCACUGAAGGAUCCUGUGACGACUCCCUGUGGACACAGCUACUGCAUGGACUGUAUUAAAGGCUUCUGGGACGGAGAGCUAAUCCACAGCUGCCCUCAGUGUAGGCAGAGCUUCACACCGAGGCCUGUCCUGCUGAAAAACACCAUGUUAGCAGCUUUAGUGGAGGAGCUGAAGAAGACUGGACCCCCACCUGCUCCUGCUGAUCACUGCUAUGCUGGAGCUGAAGAUGUGGCCUGUGAUGUCUGCACUGGGAGGAAACUGAGAGCCUGUAAGUCCUGCCUCGUGUGUCUGGCCUCUUAUUGUGACAAACACCUCCAGGGUCAUUAUGACGUAGCUCCAUUAAAAAAACACAAGCUGGUGGAGCCCUCCAAGAAACUCCAGGAGAACAUCUGCUCUCGUCACGACGAGGUGAUGAAGAUGUUCUGCCGCACUGAUCAGCAGUGUAUCUGUUAUCUCUGCUCUGUGGACGAACACAAAGGCCACGACACAGUGUCAGCUGCGGCAGAAAGGACUGAGAGGCAGAGAAAGCUGGAGGGGAGUCGACUAAACAUCCAGCAGAGAAUCCAGGACGGAGAGAAGGAGGUGAAGCUGCUUCAGCAGGAGGUGGAGGCCGUCAAUGGCUCUGCUGAUAAAGCAGUGGAAGACAGUGAGAAGAUGUUCACUGAGCUGAUCCGUCUCAUGGAGAAAAGAAGCUCUGAUGUGAAGCAGCAGGUCAGAUCCCAGCAGAAGAGUGAAGUGAGUCGAGUCAAAGAGCUUCAGGAGAAGCUGGAGCAGGAGAUCUCUGAGCUGAAGAGGAGAGACGCUGAGCUGAAGCUGCUGUCUCACACAGAGGAUCACAACCAGUUUCUGCACAGCUACCCCUCACUGCCAGCCCUCAGUGAACCUACACACUCAUCCAGCAUCAACAUCCGUCCUCUGAGCUACUUUGAGGAUGUGACGGCGGCCCUGUCAGCAGUCAGAGACAAACUACAGGACAUCCUGAGAGAGGAAUGGACAAACGUCUCACCGACUGAGGUGGAGGUUUUACUGUCAGCAGCAGAGCCCACCACCAGAGCUGGGUUCUUCAAAUAUUCACAGGAGAUCACACUGGAUCCAAACACAGCACACACACAGCUGGUAUUAUCUGAGGGGAGCAGAAAAGCAACACUCAUGGAACAACAUCAGUCUUAUUCUAGUCAUCCAGACAGAUUCACUAGUCCUUUUCAGGUCCUGAGUAGAGAGAGUCUGACUGGACGUUGUUACUGGGAGGUGGAGUGGAGAGGGACAGGAGUUGAUGUAGCAGUCACAUACAAGAAUAUCAGCAGAGCAGGGAGUGGGAAUGAAUGUGGAUUUGGAAACAAUGACAAAUCUUGGUCCUUAGAGUGUGACAAAAACAGUUAUUCAUUUCGUUACAACAGUAUCAGCACUCCCGUCUCAGGUCCUCAGGCCUCCAGAGUAGGAGUGUACCUGGAUCACAGAGCAGGUAUUCUCUCCUUCUACAGCAUCUCUGAAACCAUGACUCUCCUCCACAGAGUGCAGACCACAUUCACUCAGCCGCUACAUGCUGGACUUUGGCUUUAUUAUCCUUAUGGAAACACUGUUGAGUUUUGUAAACUCAAAUAGCCUGAAGUCAUUGGAGGAACUCUUCUACUUCUUAAACUCACCGUGUGUCCAUCAGAGCUGAUUGUUCAUGUCUUCACUGUGCAGAGAUCAGCUGUCAAUCAAACAUUAUGGGAUGUGCUUGAACAUCUUCUCAUGAGUUGUUCUGUAGAUGUUGGACUUUCUUCCGGCUCCUUCCUGGGUCUGUUUAGCCAUGGAGGCUGUCACUGCUCAGGAGGAUCCUUGUUCACCUGUAAACUUUGCUCUAAAUAUUUGCUGGAUAUUUCUUUUGAUUCAUGUUAUUGUUUCUCUUGUAAUGCAUGAGUCUUCAGAGACAUUUAUAAUCACAUGUAUUACUUUGACAGAUUACAUGUUAUUGUUGCUGCCCAAAUUAACUAACAAAUUAAACCCAGAUGGUUAUAACAAUUAUUUCAUCAUAACAUGUUUAUUUAAAAUGAUAUUACUUACUGUCAUGAUCAUAAUCAAUAAGUAAAUCAUGUAUUGUUCUGUUUGAAAUAGCUGAGAUGAAACACAUUCGUGGUGUGGAUAAAGUGAAAGUGAUCAUGAAAUCAUUGAACAAUAGUCAUUGAACAGACUUUACUGAUGGGAUGUGUGAUCAAAUGAAAUGUUUGGAUAAUUAAUCAAGUAAAAACUAAAAAAGGAUGUUCUUCUUGUAUUAUGUCCAAGGUGCCGUACGAAGCUGACAUGUGGAAGUGAUCUGAGACUAUAACUGAGUUUCCUCCUGAAACAAAGCACAGUGUUCAUCAUCACUCAGUCUGACCCCUCCCUCACUAAAACGUCUUUGUGUGCAUAUAUAUCACAGGAGGGUUGCUUUAAUACACAUUUACUGUAGUUGUUUAUACCUUUUUUAAACCUUUUCUUUGAAAUAUUAAGCUUCUUAAAAAAGCAUUUUAAUGGCCAAACUAUCCUACAAUUGAGGAUUUUCCAGAGAGGGUUAUUUGUGAAUAAACGUCCCGGCUAGGAGCUGGCUGGUUGGUGCAAAUAUAAUCAGAUAAAUAAAAGGUACAUCUGUGUAUCAUCUGCAUACAGUAGGUGAUGGGGAAAAUUAUGUUGGUGCACCGUGUUUGACUAUCCUUUUUAAAAAUAUAUAUAUUCUAA